AUGCAUGUUGCUGGCGGCCACAAAGCAAACAUCAACAACCCGAACACGUCCGACCAGUCGAAGGAACAUUCGCGCCAGGCGCUCUCCGAGAUCGAGGAGUCUGGCUUCCUCGACCAGCCCAAGCACGCUAAGAAUCCCAACAACGUCGCGGGUGGCCACAAGGCGACCCUCAACAAUCCGAACGUCUCUGAAGGCGCUAAGGAACACUCCAAAUCCGUUCUUGAGCAUGACGACAUUUACGGUGAGUCCAACGCGAACACCGAGCGUGACGCUAUGUACGAGCGUGAUUAA